GGCGGGCGGACCAGAGCCGGGGCGGAUCCCAGCGCCUCCUGGGGCUGCGGACGGAUGGUGUGACGGCCGCGGGCGGACAUGGCUCACCUCAGGGGAUUUGCCAACCAGCACUCCCGCGUGGACCCCGAGCAGCUCUUCACCAAGCUCGACCGCAUUGGGAAGGGCUCCUUCGGGGAGGUGUACAAGGGCAUUGACAACCGCUCCAAGGAGGUGGUGGCCAUCAAGAUCAUCGACCUGGAGGAGGCUGAGGACGAGAUCGAGGACAUCCAGCAGGAGAUCACCGUGCUCAGCCAAUGUGACAGCCCCUACAUCACACGCUACUUCGGCUCCUACCUGAAGAGCACCAAGCUGUGGAUCAUCAUGGAGUACCUAGGCGGCGGCUCGGCGCUGGACCUGCUCAAGCCGGGCCCCCUGGAGGAGACCUACAUCGCCACCAUCCUGCGGGAGAUCCUGAAGGGCCUGGACUACCUGCACUCAGAGCGCAAGAUUCACCGCGACAUCAAAGCCGCCAACGUGCUGCUCUCCGAGCAGGGUGACGUGAAGCUGGCGGACUUCGGGGUGGCGGGGCAGCUCACGGACACGCAGAUCAAGAGGAACACGUUUGUGGGCACCCCCUUCUGGAUGGCCACUGGGGGAGGAGGGCAGCGGUCGUCUGGGGGCGGGGAUGCCCGUGAGAGCGUGGGCCUGUGGGAGGCAGGAGCGUGCUCAAAGACCUGCGGCUGGAGGGUCGCCUCCAGGGAAGGGCUGGGGGCUGGACACGGGCCAGGCCCUGCAGGUGCACAGGGUGUCCUGGCGGCCUUGUGGGCACCUGAGGCAGCGCAGCAGGGCCUGCUGGGGCUCGGUGCUGACACCCGGGGCUGGAAAGGACGUCCGAUCGUGGUGCAUGCGGCCCCCCAGUCCCGCCCGGGGUUUGUCCUUGCCAUGCACGCUGGUGCGGGGGUCCAGCAGGGGGGCUCCCAGGCCAUCCCCCGCGUGGUUGCAGAUUCUUCGACCACUAGCACUGCCCCUCCCCCGUCCUUGGUCCCGCCUGGAGUGGCGCUGGCUCCGGGGGGUGGGGCGUGGCGGUCAGCGGCGUGUGCCCCACAGCUCAAGGAGAAGCACAGGCAGAGCGGCGGGCGCGCGGGGGCGCUGGAGGAGCUGGAGAACGCCUUCAGCCUGGCCGAGGAGUCCUGCCCUGGCAUCUCAGACAAGCUGGUGGCCCACCUGGUGGAGCGGGUGCAGAGGUGA